UACAGAAGAGGGCCACUAUAUAGGUAGGAAGGUCAUCCCAACUCAACUUUCAGGCUCCUCUUCUCAGCCAUACUAGCCCUCACGCUGGAGCAAAAAUUCACCCUCAGUUACUAGGAUAAUUAAAGGUACUUGAGGCCUGUUAAGACAGGUAUGCAGGUACAAGGAAAUGCUUUCCUCUGGAAGUUCAAACUCUAAUUGUUCAGAUGCCAUUCUCAAAAAUGGGGAAUUGGGUGGUGAAUGGUGAUUUUUUGUGCCUUUCUUUUUCUCACAGGCUCUUUUCUUUUUCCCUCACAGAAUUUCCAAGAGGACAAUGGCUAUCGAGAAUGCCUCCUUUGUGACAGAGUUUAUCCUUGCGGGUUUAACGGACCACCCAGGACUCCACAUGCCCCUUUUCUUCCUGUUUUUAGGUUUCUAUGUGGUCACCGUGGUGGGGAACCUGGGCUUGAUUACCCUGAUUGGGUUGAAUUCUCACCUUCAUAUUCCCAUGUACUUUUUCCUCUUCAACUUGUCCUUCAUAGAUUUUAGUUUCUCUACUGCCAUCAUCCCCAAAAUGCUGAUUAAUUUUGUCUCAGAGAAAAACAUCAUCUCAUAUGUAGGGUGUAUAACUCAAUGUUUUUUCUUCUGUUUCUUUGUCUUUUCUGAAUCCUUCAUCCUGUCAGCGAUGGCAUAUGACCGCUAUGUCGCCAUCUGUAAACCACUGCUGUACAUAGUCACCAUGUCUCCCCAGGUCUGUUUAUUCCUUUUGUUAGGUGUCUAUGGAAUGGGAAUUUUGGGGGCCAUGGCCCAUAUAGGAAAUAUAAUGUUUCUGACCUUUUGUGCCAACAACCUUGUCAAUCAUUAUAUGUGUGACAUCCUUCCCCUCCUUGAGCUCUCUUGCAACAGCUCUUACUUAAAUUUGCUGGUGGUCUUUAUUGUUGUGACUAUUGGCAUUGGUGUGCCCGUUACCACAAUUUUUAUCUCCUAUGGUUUAAUUCUUUCCAGCAUUCUCCACAUUAGCUCCACAGAGGGAAGGUCCAAAGCCUUCAGUACCUGCAGCUCCCACAUAAUUGCAGUUUCCCUUUUUUUUGGGUCAGGAGCUUUCAUGUACCUCAAACCACCUUCUAUUUUACCCCUUGACCAAGGGAAAGUUUCUUCCUUAUUUUAUACUAUUGUUGUACCCAUGUUCAAUCCAUUAAUCUAUAGCCUGAGGAAUAAGGAUGUCAAGUUUGCCCUGAAGAGAACCUUGGGCAGAGUAAGAUUUUCUUGA